AUGAUGCCCUCCCACCAGCAUGGGCACGUCAUCUCACAGCCUCCUCUGCCGCUGCCUGCCCUUCCGCUGCUUCUUUCCGGGGCCCGGCCCAGCCAGCAGCAGAGAGCAAACCCCGCCAUGGUGAAUCUCCCAGCAGCCCCGAUCACACAGCAAAUCGCUAGCCGAGAUCAAGCGCGGCUCAGCGACCAGGAGCCGGGUGAGCUGCGAGACACCGCCCGGCGCCUGCUGGUGGACGGAGACGGGCAGAGGAUCCCGUUCGGGGCCCUGUUCCGGGAGCACAGAGCCAUCGUGGUGUUCGUGCGGCAUUUCUUAUGUUACACCUGCAAAGAAUAUGUAGAAGAUCUGGCAAAAAUUCCCAAGAAUUUGUUACAAGAUGCAAAAGUGAGACUGAUAGUUAUUGGACAGUCAUCUCACCAUCACAUUAAGCCGUUUUGUAGUUUGACAGGGUAUCCCCAUGAAAUCUAUGUCGAUCCAGAGAGGGAGAUUUAUAAAAUACUUGGCAUGAAAAAAGGUGAAGCAGCCACAACAUCAGUGCAGAGCCCACAUGUGAAAUCAAACUUGCUGUCAGGAAGUAUCAGAAGUAUGUGGAGAGCAAUGACUGGCCCUACUUUUGAUUUUCAGGGAGAUCCAGCUCAACAGGGGGGGACUUUGAUUUUAGGCCCAGGUAGCAAAGUCCACUUUGUGCACCUUGAUAAAAAUAGGUUGGAUCAUGCUCCCAUUAGCACAGUUUUGCAGCUUGCAGGAGUUAAAACGGUAAAUUUCACAAACAAACAUCAAAUUAUUGACAUUUGACUUGCCAGAAAAAACAGAUUACAAAUUAAACUUGAUACAAGAAGACAAAAAAUACUCCAGAGAAUUGCCAUGGAUGUCAUGUUUUAUGUUCUUAUAUAACAGCUGAUAAUACAUACUGGAUCUCAAAGCACAAAGUAAAUUGCAUUGUGCUGAAGAUGCAGAUGAAGUCACACUUGCAACAUAUAGAAGAAAGCAAUAAUUAAGAUAUAACCUGCCUUUCCACAAAAUAAUUCCUAUUUGCUCUUUUCUGUCUCAAAAAAUUCUUGCUAAUACAAUUUAAAAAUCUUGAUUCAAUAUGAAGCAUUAAGCUACUUGAAAACAAAACUCUAAUAUAUCACUUUGUUCAGAAGGAAAAGCUUGGAGUUUUUGCCAUUCAGUAGGUCAUAUAUUUUUUUCACUGGUGGCUUGAAACUUUCAGCAUUAUGUGAAUUUCAUGAAAUAAACUAUCAAAAAAGCAAGUGUGAACAACAGGAAGCUGACACAAGAUUAUGCCUGUUCCUGUAUUUGGCUUUAAAGAGGCACACCAAAAC